UUUUUGUCCGAUACACAAUUUCGAGAGAAAUGAUCUUCUCAAUUCACAGUCAGCUGGGGAUGUAACUGCUACGGUAACUCCUGAUUUCUGGGGUUGUCUGUGAUCCACAAAGAGUCCCUUUUUCAGAAUCGGUAUUGCACAGGAUUCUUACCCGGCUGUGGUUUUUCUUUUCCAAGGGAUGCUUGCGACGAGUUUUUAGCUGUUCUCCGCUGCAUGAUAAUGCAUGUCACCCGAAGGCGAGGUCGUCCUUUGCUUCGGCAGCAACAACGGUCCCAGUCAAAAUCCAAGGCUUUCUUUAUCACUGUCAUAGUGGCUGUGUGCAGCUCACUGAUAGCCUUUUAUUACUUUGCGUUGACUGUGGUUUUGUUUUCCUACCCAGUUCCCAACGACAGUUCCUUGCCGUCCUUGAAAAUGGCUGGAAAAAUCGACGAAGGUGAACAAAAUGUCAGUGACUAUGCUGGUUGGCGCCAGCUUGUUGUUAAUCUGGCUCGGUUGCCUCCCGCGAGCCUGCUGCAGACCUUGCAAACGGAAGAUCCCUUUGGAGUGCGAGAAAUGGAACAGAAAAUUCUUCAAGCGGAAGAAAAUCUGGACGCGUCUGGUGGAAACGCGCUGAAUAAUCCGCGACUUUUAGAAGGUCUUUUUUCGUGUCCAACUGACCGCAUUACGCUGCCAGACCAACGGAACCAUACACUGGCGGCCCAGCUGCGGCGGCAGCUGGCCGACGCCCAGACAAUACCGACUGAUAACAGCAGCAUGGCCUUCAUCUUUUUUCAACACUUGCGCAAGGCAGGCGGUACAAAUUUCUGCACCUUGGCCCAGGCCAACUUGCCCACGGCACACGUACCUUCCUACUACUGUAUGCCUGACUACUAUUGGAAACGAAAGGAUAGUAAAGGUAGCCAUCGCCCUCAAGCAUGUGCGGGAUGCUUGCAACAGUGGUCGAAUGAGGAAAUCCUCAGCAAUAUGCGCGGAAGAAGUCAUUGGAUUGCGGGGAAUGAGUGGGAUCGGUUCGACGCCACACGCUAUUUCGAAUUACCGGCGGUAUUUGUAACCUCGUUUCGUCGACCGUUGCAUCGUGCACUCUCGCAAUUUCGGUUUGAGUGUGUGGAAGACCGGGGCUGCAAGUACAAAAACAUUACAGCCUGGUGGGAGCAUCGUCGCGAUUUGUACAAUGUGUAUACCGCCACUUUUUCGGACACGCCACGGAUGGGCCGUCUGGCAUUGUCGCAAUCUUCCAAGGAUAUGGAACAAGGUGCUCAAGCCUUGGGGAAUGCGCUCGAUACGCUUCUUCGGUAUCACCUGGUUUUAAAUAUGGAGUGGUUGGCCUAUGCUGGAAAGCUGGUUCAAUCCGUCUUGGGAUUUCGGGACACGUCGGUCUUGACUCGCCGCGUGCGUCCGCUCAUUUCCCAACACGCGCGACAGGAUGGGCAGGAUCACAAUUCUGGCGCCCGCGGUAUUGCCAAAGCUAGCUGGCUUCCUGAAGACUACCUAUCGCCGCAACAGUACCUAGUAAUGAGUGAAAAUUUGGCUCUGGACGAACUGCUAACGGACGCCGCCCAAAGAAUCUUUUUGGAGCGAGUCGUUUGUCACAUGGAUGACCACGAAAGGAGAUGACUGGACCGAAGCUAACGAAUGUUGUUUUUGGUCGAGACGCGUCGUUGCGAACAAUGCGGUAUCGAACGCUCCGAGUGUUUUUGUAACGCUACUUUUGACUUACAAGCCUCUAUGUAGAAAGAUCCUUU